CGGUGUCGGCGUGAGUUUGGUUCUAAAUCAUAUUGCGUGCAACCUCCUCUAUACUAACAUUACCGAGGCUGAGCGGUGGAGCUGGGACGGAACGGAUUAUUUAUUUAAAAUAUUUGUCUCCGUUUUUGUUUACAGCUUCACAGUCCGUGGAAAUGUUCAACAGUAAUCUCAGGGAGUUUGAUGAUGAUCCGUUAUUGUCGGAUCCAUUCCGGGCUCACAGGGAACAUAUGCGGCAGAUGAUGCGUAGCUUCUCUGAGCCAUACGGCGCACCCUUAAUGCCCAGUAUAAUGGAUGGGAGAAACCAUGGCCGUGACAUGGCAGAACAUCCUAGCACAUCCCCGGCGCUGAGGGGCGAACACAGGGAUAUGAGCCGGUCAUUGUUGCCCUUCGGCAGUAUUGGCAGCACGGACAUGAUGAGGAACCCUUUCGCCAUGUUCGACAACAUGAUGGCCAACAUGAGAAACAGGAUGGAGGAGAUGCACAGAAACUUUGAGAACAUGUCCACAGAUACAAACACCCACUCAUUCAGCUCCUCGUCAGUCAUGACAUAUUCAAAGGUUGGAAAUGAGCCUCCCAAGGUCUUCCAGGCGACCUCAUCGACACGCCGUGCCCCUGGAGGGAUCAAGGAGACCCGGCGAGCAGUUAAAGACUCUGAGAGUGGUCUGGAGAAGAUGGCCAUUGGUCACCACAUCCAGGACAGGGGACAUGUUGUUGAGAAGAAAUACAACAAGAAAACAGGAGAGAAGGAGUUCAACCAGGACUUUCAGAAUCUGGAUGAAUCCGAAGCACAGUCUUUUGACGAUGAGUGGCAACAGAAGGUGUCAAAGUUUCAGCCAUCCAGCCCCAUGUCUUGCCUGAAGGAACCCCGACUCCGUAGUGUUAACCGGGCAGCCCUCACCGGCUCUGAGCAGGCCCACAGUGACCAAUCAAAGGCCAAGGCUAAGGGUAAAAGCAACACGAAAGGCUCAGGCUUGACAAAGCAGUAAAAACAUCUGUUUGUGUGCUUAUUAAAGUCUUUCAAGCAUCGUACAGUACACUCUGGUGCUCUGUACCCACACACACACACACAUACACACUGGUUUAAUCAACAAGAUAGACAGAAUUGGAAGACACUGACCCAGAUUUUGAAAUAUUAAAGAGACUAUACGUUACACAUUACUGCUGCCCAUUUUCUGAAGCAUACUUCACAAUAUGAAAAACAACUUUCCGAGAAUUAAAAACCUGCUGAAGAUGGCCGCCCCAUUACAGUGGACAUUUAUUCUGCUUUUUCACAGGUCUUACUGUUAAUAUUUUGAAUCUUAACACAAUUCACAUAUAAACAUGAAGAUAGCAAGACAUAAGGUGGUUGGCGAGGCAUAUGGGCUAUAACAAAAUCAAAAAUUGUAUCAUUAAGGUCUCUGUAAAUUAAUUUUUAUGCUGUAGUGUCAUUAACUUAAAUGAAGGUAGAAAAAAUAAAUCUAAAAUCCUAUGGUAUGCUUUGGAGAAUGGUCGACAGGAUUGUGCAAUAUAUGUGAUUUGUAGUGUGUUGGCUGUAGAACAUGCAAACCAGCAGUAUUAAUUCUCUUAUGCGCUUAUAGAACAGUACAGUAAAGGUACAAAGUGUCCUUAAUCUUUCACAACAACCAGGAAACUAAAAGGGUCAUUAGUAUUUCAAUGGAUGUAGUAGUGUUAAAACAGAUUAAAAUAAACUCAUGCAUAAGAAACACAUUAACAUGUAAUUAAGGGUCAUAGGCACUACUUAUAUCAUUACACAUUAACAGUCAAAGAGCAAUUCAUUUAUAUCACUUUGCAUCAGACGAAUAGAAUUUGCUCGUUUUCAUAAUGGAACAAGAAAAAACAUAGUGACUUAUUGACUGUUUGAAAUCCACUAAUGCACUUAUCUAAAUUGUCUUUUUGUAAUUAUAUUGUCUAGUACCCGAUGCUCUAGAUAUAUGUAUUUUAUCUGCUGUAAUCUUUGUAAAAAGAAAAAUAAUACUCUUCCCUUUUUAUAUGUUACUUUGGUUUCUCUUGUUUUUCAUCUGAUGAACUCCGUGCUGCACAGCACAAUAUCUUGACAACGUCUGGAUUAUUCUCAAUAAUUUGAGCUUUGUUCUUGUAUAUUUUUUCAAGCUUUAAAAAUAAGUUCUGUUUCAACACAGACUGUCUGAAAAUAAAAAUGUGAAAUUAUGAAGAUUCA